GACGAGAACAUCGCUACAGGAUACCUCAAGAUCGAGAGACGACCGUGCGAUCUGGGAUGAGCUGAUGGAUCCUGCGUAUUCAGCUUUGUGACAAUGAGGUAGAGAGUACUGAAGGCUUGUCCUGCCAUUGCGUACGGGAAAGGUUGACGCGCUCCCUGUUGCUUCCGUGGCCAUAAAGAUGGCUGUCACCGAGUCGCAGAAACUGGUCCGCUAUUGCCUCCUGCGCAGGAUGUCGCUUGAGGAGUUCGCGACAUUACUGGAGACAUACCAAGAUGAAAUUGACGGCCAACAAUUGUUCAGCGCACUACUCGACUGCCGACUUUCAUUUUGUGCACCUGGUGACCCUCUCAUUUCGCUAUAUCUUGAGCAUAUCGGGACUUCUGGCAUUGUCAGUGCCUCCGCUGCGCUGCUGGUCCUUAUCUCCAAGUGGAACAGUGCCAAACCAGUGAAUACACCUGCUGCUCUGCAUUGCUACAACCAGACGUUGCAAGAUAUCAUCAUGGUCAUGGUUUCUCCAAAGUACAAGGUCAUUUCUUCCGAAGCCCAAAAGUCCUUGCUGUUGUCCUCAAGAUGGCUGGCAUCUUUGGCUCGUCAGGUGUCUCAUCACAUGGACGACACUCCAAUCGCGGACAAGCUCCAUGUGCUUGAAGCGCUUGCAUUUCUUGUGGUCUCAAUGGCAGCAACCGAUGGCGGCUACGAGGCUUUGUCACUCAGCAACGACUCAAGGACCAAGUCAAGCAAAGAUUCCAAUUCGGUUCAAGACUUGCGGACCUCUGUUCGGCAAUCCUUGGAACUAUGUCUCCCGCUGUACUCAACAAUAUCGACCCAUCUCAUUGGUCGAAUCAAUACUGUUCUAAGUGUGCUGAAUCAAAAUAUUUCUCAACCUGGCGACUCUUCCGCUCAGCUCACCGACAUUCAGACGCUGGAUUUUCAGGCUAAUAUUCCGGAAACCCACAUGGUCGCAUCCAGGGCAGCGACCAUUCUGUACCUCGAUGUCAUGCUCUCGACGGGCUCGACGAUUGACGACGGCGCUUUGGUUAAUUACCUUUGCUCUCGCCAUCAGAAUGAUUACGCAGCGGUCUUCAUGGAUCUUUUUAUUGCGUCCUUUCAAAUGCUUAAAGUGCAAUCUUUCAACCGAGAACCAUCGCUCAGCUAUCAACAGACUCGGAUUUUCCUGCAAAACAAGCUGCCAAAUCUCCUUUCGAUGGUAUCGGCAUCCUCGUUUCACGGGUUCGAUACUGAACAAACCAUUACCGACGCUUGGGGCCAAGUCGUGCCACAGCUGUCCACCAAGGAACUUUUGCUGAUUGGCUCCCGUUUCCUGAAUACCUGUUCUCUUCAUCACUUGAUCACCCAUACAGCCAGUUUGCAACUCCUUGGCAAUGAAGACGUAGUGUCAGGUAUGAGUAAGGGUCUAUAUACGAAAGACGACUUGAUCUCACAAGUUGUGGCAAACCACGCAAGAGGACCGAAACUCGUGGAAGAACUCGUUCGGAGUGAUGGAAGUGCUGGUUUCAUUAGCCAAGCUGUGGUUGAGAUUAUGCACAACUAUUGCCACAGCAAAGAGACUCAGUAUCUCAAAGACCUUGCAAAUGCCAUUAUACGACGACCUGUCGCAAUCAACUGCAUCUCUCUGUUCGUUCCUCCAUCUUUCUGGCUCGGUCCUUUGUGUACACUGCUAGACGAAUGGCACUGGAGUGAAAUUCAUGGCGAAGCUCAACCGCUCUAUGACGAGUUUGGAGCGGCUUUUCUCCUCAUACUCGUGUGCAAAACUCGGUUGGGGCUGGCCAAGACUGAGCUUGGUAUCCGCAAAAAGGACGGAUUUCUCGCUGAAUACUUCAGCAAUGCUGAUUCAGAGAAAGGCCUGGAGACGCUUUCUGAAGAGAAAACAACACAUCUUGGGAACUGGAUCAAUGCACUGUAUCUCGCCGAAGGUCUGAGUGAUGAGCUAUGCACCAAUUGCAGCCCACAUGACUUCUAUAUUUUGAUACCUACUCUGCUUCGCCAAUCCAUGAUCGCCUAUCAGCAAGACAAGCUCACCCAUGAAUCUCUCAAAGCUGGCCUUGACUACCUUCUGGAACCCUUUUUAUUACCAUCACUGGCUUCAGCGCUCAAUUGGAUUGGCGACGUUCUGCAGGACGACUCUUCUGCGGCCGCAACCAUCUUAGACGUGUUCAUGAAAGCGCCUGGGACUCCCGAGUCGCGAGACAUACAUGGGACGAUACUGUCAAUGUCCGCAUCCAAACUAGGAAAGCGGAUAAAAUCAGUGCAGUUGCAUGACGACGGCAAAUUCAAGUCCGUCGCUGAGCUGGUGAAACAUUCCCCCGACUUUUCUUUCUCUCCCGAGCAUGGCAUAGUCGCAGAGCACGAUCAACUGUCGAGUGCACUUCAACAAAGCAUCGUCGUGAUGAUCACUACAGGCGGGACAUUUUCCAGUCAGGAACAGGCGAUGUCUACAAGAAUCCCGUCGAUGGUUUAUCGCGCCAUCCACACGAUUGGUGCUCAAGGAACCUUGAAACUACUGCUGGGUGUACUCAUCCAGCUCAGUGACAGUCAUGAUUUCCUUUUCGCCUUAGACACCGUCUCCACCAUUGUCUGUACCGCUGGGUGCGGGCUCAGGGAUGCUUUACGAGUGCAACAUCAGAAUCUGGGUGCGGUACUCAAAAGAAAAGAUUCAUUAUCAGCAGAGGCCGUUGUUCGCCUGCAUCGACAGGUCGAAGUCUAUACCAAUCUUCUCACUGUCCAGGACAUGCACCUCAAUGCAUUCGCUUUUGCUCAGCAGCUCAGCAAUAUUGACACAGCAGAUCCUAACUUGGACGGUGUCCCCGCGUCAGCAGGAGUCGUGGACAUGCAAGGAGAUCAAGAACAAGCCGAUGGGAUUGAUCAAGUUCUGGACGAAGUUGCUGCGAUGGGCAAUUUGGACGCGAACGACGCGGACAUGAACUUCGACGCUCUCUACGGUCUGCAGGGUAGUGAUAUGGACCUGAAUGACCUGGACCUGGAUAUGUUUUAAACUGCAUGAAAGCCUGCAUGGGCCCCGACGCUAUAAUCAGCACAGCAGGGUGAAAACGUGGAAACAAUGCAUGGUGAAGGAGUUCAGAGCGGAAGCCGAUCCAUUCAAGCAGAAGCAGUUUUCAUGCAAAUUUGGAAGGCUUGUCCUCACAGCAAAGUGGAGACAGAUUGGUUCAACCGACCAGCCGGCCAGGCAGGAAUACUCAUGAUAGAUCAAGUCAUGGAGCCGCCAUCGUCUGUUCGAGAUCCACCGCUAAAUUGAGUUACCGCAAACAGAAUUCGGCUCUUACACGUUGCAAGGCCAAGAACAUGGCCUCUCGUUGACCAGGCCCAAGACACCUCAGGGUUGUCAGGAAAACCAAAGGUGGUUGGACUUGCAUAGUUGCAGGGACGUUGAUACCACGACUUUCCUGACGAUUUCCUUCACUCACAGCUGGACUGGGGACGGGACGACUGUUCCCGUUUUCGUCAACAUCUCCAAAGGCGUAACUCAUUGUGCCGAUGAAGUCUUGAACAAUCUCCUGAAUGGCCGUAGUAUGGAUAGUUACCAAGUCACUGCAAAUUUGUCCUUCAUAUUCCCCCACCUUGGCUGAAGGAAAAGCUUCAAGGUGCGCCAGCACAUCCAGCAACGCAGCAUGUAAGCAAAUCUUGGCGACAAAGUAACGGUUCCAGUGAAAGAAGCCGUUCCAAGAUCCAAAGCAAUGAAGCCGAAAGAGGGUUCCAGAUGUCCAUGGAGUUCGAUGACCAGUAAGGUGGGAAGACUCGAUGAUGACACGUCGGGGUACCCAGUCGGAUACGUCGCACCAACCAGCCACUUUGCCUUCGAGUUUUGCAGCGGCUUUGAAAUACGAAGCGACCAAAUUCUCUUGAUCUACGGACUGGUCCAGGUCGAUGGAAAGGAAAUUUUUGAUCCGCGCGCGCAAUUUCGAAACACCGUGGAAGAAACUGCAGAGUCGAAUCGACGCCUCUGGCAAAGCCUGCACCGCUUUCGAAAUUUGUGACUCCAAUAUCAAAUACUCCUGGGAUGGUUCCUCGCCCGCAAAUAACGGUCUCCAAUGCUGAGGACCCAGUGAGUCAUUCCACCGGCUUCGCAAGGGGGCAACAUACCAUGGAUGACAGAAGGAGCUGGUACAAAUGGCAGCCCUCUGGAGUGGAGAAUUGAUGCUCCCCGCGCAGUCGCAGAAGCAUCAGGGUGCCGUCGAUGUGUGUUUGCAGCGCCGAAGAACCUUCUGGAUCGACUUGGCCUGAACCUGUGACGUUGGCAAGAAGCUGUUGGCAGGUCAGACACCUUUUUGACACCUUCCUGUAUGGAUUGUCAUACUUCUCGCAUCCCAAGCAACCAAACUGCCACCAAUGUCUCAUCUCCCAGUCGCUGUUCAGGAUCGGCCAACGCUGCAUUGACUCCCGAAACAGCCCUGGCAUAUUCUAGAUCAACGGCGUUCCGCAUAUCGACUGUGGGUGAUCGGUUGGCAAGGUUAAUGAUACCAACAGCCCUCAUGGCCGCGUGGAGAUACGAAUGAGGGCCGGCUUUGCAAAGGAUGGCGGGGAGGAAAGUAAAGGCGUCGUUGCCGUAAAGGACUCGAGAAUUGACAUCCAGUUGAGAGAGCGAGUACCAGACAGCUUGUUCAGUCACAUCUUGGGGAAGCUUGCCCAAGGAGGGGGGUCUGUGGAAACGUUGAGCGGAGAGUUCCAGGGCCGAAUCACUCUGUGCAGCAUCGCUGUCUUCAGCCUCUGUGGAAGUAGCUCGCCUCGAGUAGUACAGGGCCUGAGGCAAACUCUCUGUCGAUCCGUAACCUUGACUUGGUGAUUGUGGGCCGCGCACGAAGAUAGUCGAUCGGAUGGUACCGUAGCCUGGUACACGAUACCCCGGACAUGGCUUCUUGAGCCUCGCACAAUUUCGACAACCCGGUCGUCCCUCGUCGCACUACAGAUCAUGUCAGCAAGGUAUUCCGUUACAUUCUCGUACGAUAGAGCCGACCUUGACCCUGCGCUUUCGACAUAGACCGCAACCAGUACUUGGACGCCCGAUGUUGCCCAUCCACGGCAGCUGGCAAACCCAGAACGGAACUUGCUUUGACAAAAGGUUCUCCGUACUUCGAUCUAAAGCGUACGAAGUGCGUCAAGUAAGAUGUAUCUGACCUGUCCGAGCCCCUAAUGCCGUUCGAAAAUGAUCGC